CAACACCACGUUUCGCACUUCAAGGCCCUUCUUUUCUUGAUUUCACCUCACUGGUAAUGACAGCUUGACUAUUUCUAUCUCAUCUUCUUUCCCGGACCUUCAAUACCUCCAUAUAUCUCUACCUCGAAAACCACAUCGCCGCAAUGUUCGACGUGGACUGGCUCAGUCUCGCCGUCCCAGUCGCCUACCUAGGCAUUCUCUUGGGAUCGCUUGCCACAUUCUCCUCCCUCUACCGCAAGGACAAGUCCCGCAAGGCAGCAUCUCUAGAGCCAUGGUUCCCUGCCCACCUCCAGCGCGAUAUCUACUUCUCUCUCCUUCACCUUGAACCCUCAACAACCUCCACAAAAGAGAAGAAGGCCCCCGCCAUCCCCGACUCUAUCUUCAAGGCAUCUCUUCUCCGUCGCGCAGCUGAAGACAUCCGUCGCAUUAUGGCACUACGCAGUCAGAAGCAAGCUCUCACAACGCUCGUCCAACGUGGUAGUGUCGGUGAUGAUCUCUGGCAGCGAUUCCAGCGCGCGGAGAAGGAGAUGGAAGACGAGGUCAAGGAUGUGGUUUCGGAGGCAAACGCCUAUGUCCCCGGCUGGGGCCAGACUAUCUUCCAGUCUGCCAACGAAAUGAUGAAUAACGAUAUCUACCGCAAGCGCAUGGACGAUCAGCAAAAGAAAUUGGAAGAGGAGCGCCAGUGGUGGAGCAAGAAGAAGACGAGUAUCCAGGAAGGAUUCAUGAAGGAGUUGAAUGAGGGCUCGGUGGCUUCCACCGACGAAGCUAAGACUACCAACACCACAACCAAGUCCUUUGAGGCUGCAUCCACGACCCCUGCCGCCGGUACCUCUGUCCAGGGCAGUGAUGACGAUGCUGUUCUUGUGGAGGCGGAAACCUCGAAUACACCUGCUUCUCCACCAAGCGCAAAGAAGAAGAAGGGCAAGGGCAAGAAAUAGAUAUGAGUCGCUUUUUCUGUUAUUUGUACUUUUUAUCUGGGGUUCAAAAUACACUCUCACUGCUAGGGGUUUUUGGGCUGCGGAUUUUGCAGGAAUUUCCAUUAUUAUACCAGUUAUAGGUAAGGUUGAAUACUCAGAAAACCUAUCAAUAUACCACGAACCGGCCAAUUCAAG